AUGGCUACCGAGCUGACCGUCCAGUCCGAGCGUGCUUUCCAGAAGCAGCCGCACAUCUUCCUCAACUCCAAGACCAAGGUCAAGACCUCGCGGCCGGGCAAGGCUGGACGGAGAUGGUACAAGAACGUUGGUCUGGGCUUCCGGACGCCCAAGGCCGCCAUUGAGGGCAGCUACAUCGACAAGAAGUGCCCCUUCACCGGCCUGGUCUCGAUCCGUGGCCGUAUCCUUACCGGCACGGUCGUGUCCACCAAGAUGCACCGCACCCUGAUCAUCCGGCGAGAGUACCUCCACUACAUCCCCAAGUACUCCCGUUACGAGAAGCGGCACACGAACCUGGCGGCUCACUGCUCGCCCGCUUUCCGUGUUGAGGAGGGUGACCAGGUCACCGUCGGCCAGUGCCGCCCCCUGAGCAAGACUGUCCGCUUCAACGUCCUGCGCGUGCUUCCCCGGACCGGCAAGGGUGUGAAGAAGUUCAGCAAGUUCUAA